CCAAGGGAACCGGCUCGAAUCCGUAACCAGGUUCCUGUUAGGUCGGUCGUUCAGUUCUACUGUUGGUAACCACCAUCAACAGAUUCAGUCUAGUUUCAAACUUCCACAGUAAAGGUGUUUCCUUUCCGAUUAAGAGCCGAUUCGAUUCAAGUGCAUCAAAAUGGGCAAGAAAAAGGGUGGCAAUAAGAACAAGCUGGCCAAAAUGUCCGAGGAAGAACGGGCCCGGUAUCUGCAGCACCGGGCCGACAUGGAGGAGGAAGCUCGGCGCCGGAAGCAGCAACUGAUAGCGACUUUCAUGAAGAACAAACUCAAGCGGGAGGACGCCUUCAUGCGUUUGAACCUGGCGAAAAUCAACCAGGAGUGGCGCAGCAUCCUGCGCAACAUCAAGUGCAAGGAGCUGAAGCACGAAAUCGAACAGGUGGAGAAGAUCUGCACCGAAUGCAUCGACAACAAGAAUGGGAUUAUUCGACGGCUGUUGUGCGAUCUAGACGAGUCGGAGGAGAUAUAUGCGACUAUGUUGCACGCGCACAUGGAAAAGAUCGAAAAGAUCAUGAACAUCCACGGCGAUCGGUUGCAGUUCUUGAAUAAGCUGUACGAAAUCGAGAAAAAGGAGAUUAUUAGGAAUUAUGAUCAGGAGAUCGCUAACUAUAAGGGCAAAAAGUUUGGGCUGCAGAAGGAGUUGGAGUGCGUAUUUUAUGGGCUGGCUGAGCGAUCGAAGAUUGAUCGGGAUCGGGCCGAGGAGGAGCACAUGUUGAAGAAGGAUGAGCUGAAAAAUUCGAUGAUACUGAAGCUAGAAAUGAUUACCAAAGAGCGCGAAAAACAUAUGGAAAAGCUGUGGAAAGAAUUCCAACGGGUUCUUAGUGCCUAUCUACGCAACACCGAAGAGUAUCGCAACGAGUAUAGCAAACUGCGGGAUCAGGAUUCGAACGAUACGCGCCAGAUACAGAACCACUAUGUCGAAGUGGCUCGGCUGGGCGAGCUGAUCUCGAACCUUCGGCAAAAGUUGGUCACCAUUAGGGAAGAACACGAUUUCAACGUAAAGCAGUUGCAAAAAUCUAAAAUGGAACUGCAGGAGCGUAUUCGCAACAUCAAGCAAGAGAUGGAGAUCGGCCUGAAGAUGGACGAGGAAAAGCUGAAGCAGCUGGCCGUUUGCAGUAACGGAGCGUUGAAGUAUCUGCAGAAUCUGUUGAAGCGCGGCAAUGCUAUUUUGCAGAUUGCUACGUUUUGCAAGAAAUUCGAAACAGAAAAUGAGAGUCUGUUGCCAUUUGUGCACAGUGCAGUUAAGCGGCAAAUGUUCGAGGUCGACGAAGAUGAGCUCAAAGAACCGACUACGGAGAUUGAAGCUUUCAAGAAGGAUACGUUUGGAAUAGCUAAGAAGUUUGAAAACUUUUGGAUGCGUUUCAAUAAGGCUAGAAUCGACUGUGCGUGUUUGCAGGAGGAGAAAAAACAACUACUUGAGGACAACGAACGAUUGAAAACACAGUUGAAGGAGUAUUUGAUAACGGUGAACAUGAACAAUGGUGGAUCUUUGGAAUCGAACGAGACUCUACUGACAAAAAGACCUAGUUCUAUGAAGGUGGAAAAGGUAGUUCGCAUAAAUCUCAAGCAAGCUGUCAUGUACAAUCGGAAUGGUGAUCGUCGUCCGGUAACCUGCAUCGAGGGAAACUUGAGCAACGCCAUACGCAAUGAGAGAUUGUUGGAGUUUAGAAGCAGACCAUCGGAACUGUAUUCGUUGAUUCAACAGUCUUAGUGACUUCUCAAUUUUCAUACAAGCGCAAAAAUCAAAUAGUGUUACUCGAAUUUAUUGCAAAUGUCAUCGACACGGUUUGAGUUAGUGUGGGCACCCAAUAAAAUACUGCUUAUUCUUA